CCCCUCCAUCUAAACUGCAUCAUGGCUGACUUCACUGCUGACCAGAUUGAGGACUUCAAAGAGGCCUUUGGUCUCUUCGACAGAGUUGGUGACAGCAAGAUUGCCUUCAAUCAGGUUGCUGACGUCAUGCGCGCUCUGGGACAAAACCCAACCAACAAGGACGUCAAGCAGAUUCUGGGAAACCCAUCUGCCGAAGACAUGGCCAACAAGAGGAUCGACUUUGAUGCUUUCAUGCCCAUGAUGAAGACUGUGAACGCCGCACAGAAGGGAACCUAUGACGACUACGUUGAAGGUCUGCGUGUUUUCGACAAGGAAGGCAACGGCACAGUGAUGGGCGCUGAGCUGCGCAUUGUUCUGUCCACACUGGGAGAGAAGAUGUCCGAGCCCGAGGUAGAUGCUUUGAUGCAAGGUCAGGAGGACGAAAACGGUUCUGUCAACUAUGAAUCUUUCGUCAAGCAUGUCCUGUCUGUGUAAGAAGCCCCCAGCUCCAAGAGAGUGGUGAGAGAAAGGUGGUGUAUCUACAGACCCCAUGGUGUCAGGACAUGAACUAUGUUUUCGAAGACCAACUGAACAACAACAAAAAAA